ACGUUGGGAGGGACUGAGAAAGUAGAUGCAGCAACGGGCAUGCGAACUACCGUCUUCUAAGAGCUGGAGAUUUAUUUUGCAGACAAGGUGUUUGUCACACACACAAAAGGGGUGCUGAGGUGAUGGGAGCCAAAGACAAAGAAGAGGUGCUUGUGACUCUCUCUGGAGGAGGGCCCUGGGGCUUCCGCUUACAAGGAGGCUCUGAACAGAACAGACCCCUCCAAGUAUCCAAGAUUCGCAAGAGAAGUAAAGCGUGUCGUGGGGGACUAAGGGAAAAUGACGAACUUGUAUCCAUUAACGGAAAACCAUGUGCUGGCCUCUCCCAUGCCAUCACCAUGCAGAUCAUCGACUCUUCCAGCAGCACCCUCAGCAUCGUUGUUAAAAGGGCAACAACCGGAGAUCUGUCUGAGGCAAGAUUACUGCGCUCCCUUUCUCCUAAGCAAGCUGCCUCACUUGUUUCUCCACUAAACCGCGCCUCCCAGGGACACACUUCUGAAACAGGAGGCCCCCAAAGCGCCCCAGAAGCUGAGCAACCCCAGCAGCAGCGCUUGGAGAACGUGACCUCCCCCCCAGACAGUGAAGCGUACUACGCUGAGACGGAUAGCGAUGCCGACAACAUCACCCAUGAAAAGCAUCGGCGAGCUCGCAAGAAGACUCCCCGUUCCCCACCUGGGGGCUCAAACAACAAAGUGGGUGAGCCACAGGAUGAAGUCUCUGAGCAGAGCGGCUAUGACAGCACGCCUGAAGUGGUGGCCCCAGCGGGAGAAGGAGAAGGCCUUGGCGGAGUGGCGAAGAGGGAGAUUGUAUUUCACACAGAGAACCUCGCUGAUGCACCUGUCUCAGAGCGUGACGUUUUGCUUCACCCGUUCCUAUCUGAAGAGACAGAGGCAGCCGCCGAAGCCAUGCUCCUGCCGCAUGCAACGAGGACAAUUCGAGCAGAGCGGCACUUGAUCCCCAUGAUAGGCCCUGUGGAGCACCCCGUCGAUGAAGAUCUGACUACCAGCUAUGUGGAGAAAGCGAAGCAAGCCAAGCUUAAUCGUGGUGAGAGCGUGCAAGAAAAAAACAUGAAAGAAGCCAAAACCAAGUGCAGAACCAUUGCAUCCCUGUUGACAGAUGCCCCUAACCCCCACUCCAAGGGAGUCCUGAUGUUUAAAAAACGCAGGCAGAGAGCUAAGAAAUAUACCCUCGUCAGUUUUGGGAGCGUGGAAGAAGACCGCAACUAUGACGAAGAGGACGGCGUCUUCCCAACCAGUGAGUCGGAAUUUGAUGAAGAAGGCUUCUCUGAUGUUCGAAGCUUAACUAACCACUCAGAUGGAGGAAAUGCUUACCUUGACAUCGAGAAGCCCAAAGGCCAUCCUGCACAGGAGCAGGCCCAGCUACAGCAAGGGCUGAGUGAAGCCUCCGGGAGAGGAGCACAAUUAUUUGAGCAGCAGAGGCAGAAAACUGGGAAGCAGAUGUUGGAAAAUACAUCUGCCCAGAAGCCAGAGGCAGAGGUCCCAAAUUCAACCAUACAACCUACACACGGGGUGAUUGGUACUGAAGCACCAGUGCCGUGGAAGGCGGAAAAGGCUUCCCUAAGUGUCCACUUAGAAUCUGCACCAGUUUCUAGGGAGCUGCCACCACCUAAUCCUGCUCAGCUCCAGUCUCCAUCUGUUAUCUUUGGAGAGGGAGCCCAGAUCUCUUCAAAUACCUCAGGCAUCUUCAAUAGGUCUGCUCGGCCUUUCAUUCCUGGCUUUUCUGGACAACGUCCUAUAACAUCAUCUGUUGUGUUUAGACCCUUAGUGCUAAAAAAGAGCAGUGAGAGGGCAGGUGACCAGAGAAUGGCUGCUCCUCCUGUCUCCCCAGGUUCUUCAGGCACAGCCCUUCCUGCCCUUCCACCAUCAGUGCAACCUAAAGGCACAGCAAGCACAUCUGUGUCUCUGUAUAUCCCAACUGCACCAUCAUCGGUCCAGACCGCGGCAGGUGCAAAAUCAGCAGAAGCUAAAUCACCUUCCAGAGCAGGUAGAACCUCCACUGCUUCCAUAUUUCUCUCAUCCUCUUCUAGACCAGCUGCGGAUGCAUCCACGCCAUUAUCUUCUCCACCAACCCAGGAUUUUGCACCUUCCACUUCGUACGUUAGUCCAGUUCCACCACUCCUCAAUCAGCCACCAAUCCAGCCAUUCACCGGUAAUGUUUCCGCUAUCCCACGACCUGCUUCCGAGCCUUUGGCCUCCAGGGAGCAGAGGGUUGCCGUUCCAGCUCCCAGAACAGGUAUCUUGCAGGAGGCCCGCCGCCGAAGCAGUAAGAAGCCCAUGUUCAAAGCUGUAGAAGAGAAGAAAAAGAAUUCCCCAAAUCCAGAGUUGUUAUCCCUUGUGCAGAAUCUGGAUGAAAAACCCAAAGGGGACCAUCAAGGAGCAGGAUUUGAGUCAGGCCCUGAGGAAGAUGUUCUCAGUCUGGGAGCAGAAGCCUGCAACUUUAUGCAGUUCUCAGGCCGGAAGUUCAAGACCCCACCUCCGGUGGCCCCUAAGCCUCAGCAGUCAAGUGCCCCUAAUGGAAUGGUGAAUGGCUCCUCUCCUGCACAUGACCUGUAUCAUUUGAAGGGGAAAGGGGCGGAGCUUUUCGCUAAGCGACAGAGCCGAAUGGAUAAGUUUGUGGUGGAGGCUGUACCAACAUCCAAGCCGAGAACUCCGUCUCCUGCACCUUCUCUUCCCUCUUCCUGGAAGUAUUCACCAAAUAUUCGUGCCCCGCCUCCCAUCGCUUACAACCCAUUGCAUUCCCCAUUUUACCCAUUGGCAGCUAGCAAAUCCCAGGCCGCCAAGGCAGAGAGCAAAGUUAAAAAAGCACCAAGUCACAAAUCAGGGAUCAAAGUCAUUGACUUCCUCAGACAUCAACCGUACCAACUAAAUUCUGCCAUGUUCUGUUUUGGGGAGACUCCAAACACUGGUGUCCAGGCCCCUACAAGCCCAAAAGUUCAACAGUCCAGCUUGUCUUUCACACCGGCCAAGCAAGCCCCUGUGAAAACAGCCAGGACCUAUGAAAUUCGCCGUUUUUCCACCCCUGUCCCAAUGCCAACUUCGAGUGGUAUGGCUCCUACAGUGUUAGCUCCUCGUUCUGCCACCACAUUGGAUGAACCACUUUGGAGAUCAGACGUGAUCUCUACUUCUGUGCCUGCAUCCCCAGGGCCAUAUCAGGGAGUUCUCCUCCAAUAUCAGAGUUCUCCUGAACUCAGCGAGACGGACAGAGGGGCUUCCUCCAGCCGGCCCACAUCAUCCCUCAAUUUUCAGGUAGCUAGACCCAGGUUUUCGGCAUCCCAAACUGGAAUGCAGGCACAUAUUUGGAGACCAGGAUCUGGUCACCAAUGAAAAAAAAAAA